CCAAUAACCUUGACAUUACGAAAAAGUAGAAUCACGCUAUUUCAACAAAACACUCCAUUUUACUAAGUUAUUAUUCCAGUAUGGCUGAUUAUCUUAUUACUGGAGGAACUGGUUAUGUACCAGACGAUGGAUUGACAGGAGCCGCUAUGUUAGCCAACGGAGAAGGCCUCACAUACAAUGACUUUCUCAUUCUACCUGGUUUUGUGGACUUUGCAGCUGGAGAAGUGGAUCUGACAUCAGCCCUCACUAAGAAGAUCACACUACGAACCCCCCUCCUCUCAUCCCCCAUGGACACUGUAACUGAAUCAAAGAUGGCCAUUGCCCUCGCACUAUGUGGUGGCAUUGGGAUCAUACACCACAACUGCACACCAGAAUUCCAGGCCAACGAGGUCAGGAAAGUCAAGAAAUAUGAACAAGGUUUUAUUCUUGACCCCGUGGUAAUGUCACCAGAACAGUGCGUCUCUGAUAUCAUUGAAGAGAAAAAACGCCAUGGCUUUUCUGGGUUCCCAGUGACAGAAAAUGGUAAAUUAGGGGGGAAAUUAGUAGGCUUGGUUACUCAGAGAGACAUUGACUUCCUACCACCAGAACAGUAUUCUACCCCCAUACAUCAGACCUCUGACGGCUCAAAAGGGCAACGUCUGACCAUUAGUGAGGUGAUGACCAAACGUGAAGAUUUAACAGUAGCUGAUGCUGGAAUAACACUGAAAGAAGCAAACCAAAUAUUACAGAAAAGUAAAAAAGGAAAAUUACCAAUUGUCGGGCCACAAGAUGAGCUUGUUGCUCUAAUAUCGCGUACUGAUCUGAAAAAGAACAAAGACUAUCCUAUGGCUUCUAAAGACACCAGGAAACAACUUUUGGUUGGUGCCGCAAUAUCAACUCAUGAUGAGGACAAACGGCGCCUUGAUCUCUUGGUGCAGGCUGGGAUUGACGUAGUUGUGCUUGAUUCCUCUCAGGGUAACUCUAUAUAUCAAGUGGAAUUGAUUCAAUCAAUCAAGACAAGGUACCCUCAGGUUGAGGUCAUAGGGGGAAAUGUUGUAACAGCGGCACAGGCCAAGAAUCUAAUUGAUGCUGGUGUUGAUGGCCUUAGAGUUGGAAUGGGAAGUGGUUCCAUCUGUAUCACUCAAGAAGUUAUGGCUGUUGGUCGUCCACAGGGAACCGCAGUGUAUAAGGUAGCAGAGUACGCCAGGAGGUUUGGAGUUCCUGUUAUUGCAGAUGGUGGUAUUUCAACUGUUGGCCACAUCAUGAAAGCUUUAGCACUUGGUGCAUCUACAGUGAUGAUGGGAUCGCUCCUAGCUGGUACCUCUGAGGCUCCUGGAGAAUAUUUCUUUGCCGAUGGUGUGAGGCUGAAGAAAUACAGGGGUAUGGGGUCUCUUGAUGCCAUGGAGGCACACAAAGGGUCCCAGACUAGGUAUUUCACUAGUGAACAGGAAAAGGUUAAGGUUGCUCAAGGGGUCUCUGGUUCUAUCGUUGACAAGGGGUCUAUUCACAAGUACGCCCCCUACCUCAUUGCAGGGAUCCAACAUGGCUGCCAAGAUAUAGGUGCUAAAAGUUUAUCUGUCCUAAGAUCCAUGAUGUAUUCUGGGGACCUGAAAUUUGAAAAGCGGACCACAUCAGCACAAAUGGAGGGCAGCGUUCAUAGUUUGCAUUCCUAUGAAAAGCGUCUGUACUAAACUGACUUCUGCGUAUCACUUUAAUAUGGAGGUUAACUGUAAGGAGCCAGCAAUCACGAUGACUUUGAAAAAGAACAGAAUGGACUUUCUUACAGAACUACUCAUCAAGAAAAAUUUAAAAUGACAGUAUUUUCAAAAUGUGGAUAUUAUUUCUAAAAGAUAAAGAAUGAUGUAUUAUUAUUUUCUUAAAUGCAACAUUCUAUUUUUCUACAGAAGAAUGACUUAAACAGUUCUGCCUUUGAAUUACAUUUACAUAUGGAUGAAGACGUUCAUAUGAUUGAUGAAUUCAACAUAUAUUUCUGGUCUUUAUAGCUUUAUGUUAUAUACCAUUUUGAAGCUGAAUGUCUCAUGCUCAUACCAUAACAUUAUCAUAAGUAGAUCUCAAAUGGGGGACAGCCUGCACUUUUUUACAUGCUAAUUAUAGAAUUCUCUAUUUUGUUGUGUUCAUGUACAAAAGGGACCACAAAUUUUGUUACUAUAUAUAGAGUAUAUAUAUAGGUUAUAUUUAUUGAAUUUAAUGUAUAAGGUUUAGUCCAUGAUUUGUGAAGACUUGGUCCCUUUUUUAACAAAGUUUGUCUUACAUUUCCCUAUUUACAGAUGUAGUUCACAAAUCACAGCUGUAAUUCACAAAUCACAGCUGUAAUUCACAAAUCACAGCUGCAAUAGAUAAUUCACCAGUUGCAGCUGUAAUAAGCUUUCAUGUUCAAUGUUAUUGUUAAUAACAGUGCAAAGGUACAGACAAUGCAUCUGUUUUUACAUUUACUUUUAUAUUAUUUAAAGCAAUAAUUUUUUGUUGGAAUUAUGUUUUAUUGUGUGUCUUGAAGGCUUGAUGUUUAGGAAUAUCUGAAGAUUGUCAGGCUUUGUAAGAAAUAAGGCACAAUUUGUUUCACUGUGAAUUUUUUCUUUCCUAAACAGGAGAUGACAUUGUCUUAAAGUCCACUAAUAAAUGCAUACUGAGAUUAAGGGCGUGAUAUUCCCAUUUAGUAAAAUCAUGUAUAGGCUAUGUAGUUUAUGUUUACUUUAAAAAGAGUGCCAUGUCAGUACUAAUAAUCUAGUAGAUGUCUUACAAAAUUGUAUGUUUAAAUAACAAACUUAUUGUAAUGAACAUUAUUGAAUAUUUGAGACAAUUUUUUCGUAUGGCUUUGCUUGAAACGCACAUGUAGGAGCACAUGUAGGCAAAUCAGUAGGAGAAAAAUAAUCAUUAAAAUUGUUGUGAUUUGAUGAAUCAUUUUUAGAGCAAGUGUUAAUAGGUGGCAAUUAGAUGACUAUGUGAUAAUUAUGGCUGAUAUCAUCUCCACCUCCAAGAUAUUAAACACAUUUAAAAAGUGACUUCAUACACCUGCCAACGUGUCAUUAACCUGGAUAGCACCUAACUACACCUGUGUAUAACCUGGGCAUAGCUGCAGUUAUGUGGCAUUUAUUUUAUCAUUAAUGCAGGCAUUGCAACAUGCAACAGAGCUCACAAUAAGCAUCCUUGUAGAUUAUCUAAAUGAAUUGAAAUUCAAUGAAGUGAAGUGAGGAAUAUAAUUUAUAACUGAUUGUUGUUUGCCACAGUUUGUCCUAUUAGUCUAUAGGUCUAUGGGGUUCCUAUGGGGUAUUGAACCCCAAAUUUUAUUCCAUAACUACAAUAUUUUGCCACAUUUUGAUCUCAAUGUAGGAAAUGUUUCUAUGGGGAUAUUGUAACUGUAAAGUAUGAAUGUUAUAUAAACAGAAUUGUUGUAUGACAGUGUCUCAUGAAAUAAAUAUCUAUGAAUGUUGA